AUCACACGAAUUAAAACCAUAUAAAUAUCUUUCCUAAAACCCACUCACCAAAACCCUCUCUCUCUCUCUCUCUCUCGCUUUUCGGCAAAACUUUUGAGCUAUGAUCAUCCGUUACUUUGACUAGUAUUUUGUUUGAUCAUCACCGAAUAACCCCUAAUCACUCGAUUUUCAGCUGGAUUCACGUGCAUUUUCUCCAAAACGUUUGUUAUGCUAAUCGUCUUUCACAAGUGAUUGCAUUCGAGUUGCGAUUUUAGGGAUAAAGAAAAGGGUUUUACAGAGCACUAGAGCAGGGUUUCUUCGAAAAAGAUAUCAGAACACACAUUGCGUUGCAGACAUGAAAACGAAAGCGAAUAAAGCUUACAAAAAGGAAGAUUAUUCUGAAGAAUGGUGCUUCGUCUGCAAAGAUGGUGGCGAUUUAAUUAUUUGUGACCACAAGGAUUGUUUGAAGUCAUAUCAUCCCGAAUGCGCACAAUCAUCUGCAAAUUCCAAACGUCGAUUUAUAUGUGAUCUGCAUAAAUGUGAUAUUUGUGAUAGAACGUCCGAUCUAGUCCAUUGUUAUUGUUGUCCAAAAGGUGUAUGCAGACGUUGUAUCAAAUCUGCUGAUUUUGUUCAUGUGAAAGGGAAGAAAGGAUUCUGCAAUCAUUGCUUGAAGCUUGCACUACUUGUAGAAGAAAAGAAGGAUGUUGACUCUGAUGGUGAAACUAUCGACUUCAAUAAUCGUAACACUUAUGAGACUUUGUAUAAGGAAUAUUGGGAGAUUAUUAAUAAUACCGCAAAGUUAACACUUGAUGUUCUAAUAGCUGCAAAAGGGCAGUUAAAAUCCGGAAAGAAUUAUGAUUCAGAUAAGUAUGAUGAUCAUAGUGAUGACAACCAAUGUUCGGAUUAUGAAGAAAAAGGAGAUGACAUGGAUUUACAUGAAUCAGCCAAAAAAACAAAAAGAUCAAAGCCCGAAUCAUCAUCCAAAACAAAAGGGAAGUCAAAAGCGAAAGAGAAAGAGAAAAUGAAACCAAACAAGGAAGAAUUCAUGGGAUGGGGAUCAACACGUUUAAUCCAAUUUCUUGAAAACAUAGGGAAAGAUACAACGAAUGCGUUAUCACAAAGGGAGCUUGAAAAGAUUGUAAAGGGAUAUGGUAAGGAGAAAGAUCUUAUUCAGAAAAACAAGAUAAUUGAAUGUGAUGUAUGGUUACGUUCUAUUUUCAAGAGGAAAACGAUCAAACUCAACCGAAUUUAUGAUUCUUUGGAAACCCAUUUGGCGGAAAAUCAAGUGUCAUCAGACGAUGAUGAUGAUGAUGAAUUAGGGUUUGAUGAUGAUGAUAUGGAUUGUAAGGAAGAGGAAGUGGUGGCAUGUAAAAGGAAGAAAAAGAACAAUGGAGAUAAGUUAAUAGAGAAGGAAGAGCCGGUGGUUGAUAUUACGUGUUUUCGUUUUGCAUCGAUUGUUCCUGAAAACAUUAGGCUUGUGUAUUUGAGAAGAAGUUUAGUGCAGAAACUUGAAAAAGAACCUGAGAGCUUUGAAAGUAAGGUAAUAGGAAGUUUUGUGAGAGUUAAAGAAGAUGCAAAUGGUUUCUUUCUAAGGAAUGCUUAUCGCCUUAUGCAAGUAACUGGCGUAAAAAAAUGUUUGGUUGGUGAAAGUGAGCAGAAUUUUAUGCUGCAAUCUUUAGAAACGGAUAUAUGCAUUAAUUUGCUGUCAGAUGAUGAGUUCACUGAGGAGGAAUGUCAAGAUCUGAAAAACAAAGUGAAAUCCGGCUUACUGAAAAAGCUUGAAGUGGUUGAAGUUGAAGAGAAGGCUAGGAGUCUUCACAAGGACAUUGUAACACAUUGGAUUCCCCGAGAGCUGGCUUUAUUGAAACACCAUAUUGAAGAAGCUGAGCCUCUUGAAGAUGAUAAGAAAGAUAACAAAGACUCACCAAAAUCUAUUCUAAUACAUUCAUCAUCUGGAAAAUUUAAAGACAUUGGGGUUACUUCAGAAGAUAGUAAACAGGAAAUGCCAGCAUCUGAAAAAUACGCAAUGGCAAUAAAACUCCAAAAGUUUUUCGAAAACAAGCCAAAAAAACCAUCUUUUGUCAAAAAACCUACUCAAUUGUUUGACUCAAGUGAUGAAAAGUCAACCGUUGAUAUACGCAAGGAGGAUCUCGAAGACAUUAAAAGCUCUCAAUGGUAUGUUAUGAGCCCGCGUGGCGAUAAGGUGGGGCCCGUUUCGUUGUCGGUGCUUAAAAACUGGAGUCAAACCCGAGUUGCAUUGGAGUCAAAGAUUUACAACUCAAGUCAAACUGAAGAACAGGCAAAACCGUUGACCGAUGUGCUUCAUCUUGCUUUUGAUGGAAAAUAAUGUUUCAAGGAUUCUUUUGAAACUUGUAAUUUGGGUAUUUUAGUAGUCGAAUUCCUAUGUGCAGUUUAUAAGUAAGUCUAUUAGUGGUUUUACUAUUGAAGGCCUCAUAAAGGACCAGAGGUUUUGGGACAUGGGUGAUGGGUGUUUGUUUAUAAGGGUUUGACUGGUUUUUUAAUAUGUUUAAACUAAUGGUGUUUAUGUUAAUUGAGUGUGCUUUAAGUAUAGCCUUUUGUU